AUGAGUGAGGAUAAAUUUGGUACUUGGGAUUUCAAUCACCCGGCCCCCACAGGACUUGAGGAAAGAGUUCAAGAGUUAGCCGAGUUAAGGCUCCCUCAGGAUACAUCCACAGAUAUAACCUCACCACUUGCACGGUUCAUGACCGACAACAACCCCCCCAGGCCCUUAGUGGGCAUCAAUAAUACCGCUGGAUACGUUACUCCCCAUACCUCACACCUUUCCAUCGCAACAAGCUGGGGGCAGAGAUCAAUCUACGAUGACUACGCUCCGUCGGCAGGCAGCUCUAGAUAUGAAUAUCCGUUUUCCCCUAGUAGCACUGGAUCCAUAGAUGAACAACGCUUUCAAGGAGUCAGCUACGACGACCAAUCGAGCUAUUCGCGCAGGGAUUCCGGAGGCUGUACAUCACCUUCUUCGCCAGGGAUAAAUGCCAACGACCCCUGGAGAAGGCACUCUGAUUACUCGGUCGAAUCUAAUACGGAUAUCAACAAUUCUUCUCCACUUGGCCACCACCGUCUCAGCCAAGAUGCUUCGUUUGUCAGCUUGAAGAAUAUACAGAUAAGCCCGGUAGAAGACGAAAAUGAUGAUAGAGAAGACUUGAUCCGAAGACCACAUAGCAAUAGCAUACCAGGAAUAUAUGUCAACGGACACGAGCAUAGUGAUCAUGGAAGCGCUAGUUCCUGGGAUAUGUACCAAGAUUACAUCCCUGGUCCAAUGGAUAUGUCCUGUUCUUCACCAACUUCCAAAGUCUCGCCUCAAGCCUCUUCUCCACGUACGGUGGCAGUGCUAGAAGCGAGGCGGGAGCGCCGUCGAUCAAGAAGUGGUUCUACAAACUCACAACUAUCGAAUAAGGCUCGGGCAGAGUUGAUGAAGCCUCAUCCUGACGCAACCACUAACGCAAAUGGGAAGAACCACAAAGGAAGAGGUGCGGGAAAGAAGACCAAGGAGCGACAGUUCUGCCCAGAACAUCCAGGCAAGUCAUUUAGGCACAAUUCUGACUUCCGGAAACACAUGCAAACCAAGCACACCAGACCCUUCCUCUGUACAUUCCACUUUGCAAACUGCGAGCAAACAUUCGGGUCAAAGAAUGAGUGGAAGCGCCACGUCUUCUCACAGCACCUACAGCUCCACUACUGGCGCUGCGACUACCCCAAUUGUGCAGAUCGUAAGGCAUACUUCAAUAGAAAAGACCUAUUUGGACAACACCUUAAACGCAUGCACGGGCCCAAGGACACCAACAGCCCUAAGAACGCAUCCGAGAUUAAUAAACGUUGGCUCGGACAUGAGAUUCCUCAGAUUCAGGACCGUUGCCGCAAGGAACGUCGUGCUCCUCCCGAGAGGAGCAUAUGCGGAUACUGUGACGAGGAAUUCUCAGGACCCGGUAGCUGGGAUGCAAGAAUGGAACAUGUGGGAAAGCAUUACGAGAAGAAUAACUACAAGGAUAUCGAUACUAAGACAUGGGUGAUGGACAAGGGCCUCAUCCAAUGGGCCCUUGAAGAGAAGAUUGUUGAGAAGACCGAGGAAGGGGGUUAUAAGCUUCUGUGUCAUGGAAAAGAUUCGAUUGAGGGAGAAGAGAGGAGGAGAAAUAGCCAAUAUGGACCAUCCACUAUUGAUCUUGGGAAUGAGGGUUACGACGACAACGAGGAUGCAGAGGGUGAGUAUGAGGAUUAG